UGGUGGAACAUGUGCGCACGUCCUGCUGUGUGUUUACACAUCACACAUCACUUUCUAAAGAGAACCUUCUUGAUUUUGAGAGUAAGAGAUCAUGGAUCAUAUUAGGAAUGGGUGGUUUAGUGAAAUAAAACCAUUGUGGCCAGGUCAGUGCAUGUCACUUGAGGUAGAAGAAGUUUUAUUACAUGAAAAGUCAAAAUAUCAAGAUGUGUUGGUUUUCAAAAGUAAAACAUAUGGUAAUGUGUUGGUACUUGAUGGUGUUAUACAAUGUACAGAGCGAGAUGAAUUUAGCUAUCAGGAAAUGAUAGUACAUCUACCUCUUAACUCCCAUCCGAAUCCUAAGAAGGUCCUGGUUAUUGGUGGAGGUGAUGGUGGUGUUAUUCGGGAAAUUUUGAAGCAUGAUUGUGUUGAAAGUAUAACACAGUGUGAAAUAGAUGAGAAAGUAAUUGAAGUGUCGAAGGUAUACUUUCCAAAUAUGUCUUGUGGUUAUAACAGUCCAAAGGUUUACACCUAUGUAGGUGAUGGCUUUGAAUUUAUGAAGAAAAAUAAGAAUACCUUUGAUGUAAUUAUUACAGACUCAUCUGAUCCAGAUGGGCCAGCAGAAGUCCUUUUUCAGGAAGACUACUAUAUAUUAAUGAAAGAUGCAUUGAGAGAGGGUGGUAUUGUGUGCACUCAAGGAGAGUGCAUAUGGCUUCACCUUGAUUUGAUUAAGAAGAUGCACAUGUUUUGCCGCACUUUAUUUCCAGUUGUUGACUACGGAUAUUGUACUAUACCAACUUACCCCAGUGGACAAAUAGGCUUCAUGAUGUGCAGUAAAAAUUCAGACCUCCAAUGA